ACUGAUCGGACAUCAUCCCACCAAAACUACAAUCGACUGGAUCGUGGUAAAACCUGUUUGACUCUCGGGAUUUUUUUUGUAUUUUCGGGACUCUCUAAAAGAGAAAAUUUGAUAAUUUCUUUCUGCUGCUUUUGUGGAAAAACAUGUCGGAAGAAGCUGCCGAAGCUGCCCCAGCUCAAAACACAAGAUUUUUUACUGGAAAAACAAUGAACUUUGAAAGACCGAAGUUCAACCCUCGCCUAGAAAAUCGCCUGGAAGCUAUAACAGCCUUUAAGAAAAAGUGUGGUUACAUCUUCAAAAGAAGCCUUGUUAACAUCUCAAACGAAAGGAAAUACAUACUGGUACAAGACUGGCUCGGACCUGAAGGCCAAAAAAUUUACGAUAGUUUAGAUUGGUUCGAAGGUGAGGAUAUAAACGACUAUGAUCUGAUGUGGACUAAGUUGCAGAGAGCGGUAAGUCUGGAAGGUAACGAGAUCUUUGCCUCUAAGAAAUUCAAGAAAGGAGUGUAA